UCAUUACCAACUUUGAGACUCUUAUAAAAUUUUAGGUAGAAUAAUAGGGAGGCUUAAGGAGAACAAGGCAAAGGGAUUUGUACUGUAUGGACUUCAGGAUUUGUGUGUUGAGUGAGGAGUGAGGAGUGAGACAGACAAUUAGUUUUAGGAUUUUAGGAUCAGGCUGGGUGUAUUGAAGUAGUUUUUUGUGAAAAGUGAGAAUUUGAAGGAAGAACGGAUUGAUAGAGACUUGUUGGGAUUGGGAAGGUUUAUUGGGAUGAUUAAGGAAUAGGUAUGUUGGAUGUUGAAAUUAAUUUUAAGGAUGGAUAGUCUUUACUUUUUAUUAUACUCUGGGAUACACUCUAGGGCUUUCUUAUCACUCUUCUGUUUAGUUAAAGUGCCUUCAGGAUUCCGACUUUUAUUUCUCAGGUGAGUCUUCUUGUCGCUGAUCUUAUUCUGCAUUUCUUUAACUUUAUUUUUUAAGAGAGUAGAAGUCCUCGCUUUGCCUUUAGACAAAGAACUAGUGCAUGUAGAGUUGAUCGAAGAUAGUGAAGAGUAAGCGCUCUUUAUCGAACUCCUACUAGACCCUAUUGAUCUUUUCUUGUUUAACUUUUGUUUCCUGAGCAAUGUCCCUUUCCUAAGUAAUCAUUGGUAAACUUUAUGGUCGUUAUUUCCUUGAUCAAAGAUAUUUCACUCUUCAACCUCAUACUCAUUAGACUCUUGGGUGAGUAAAAUUUCCUCGUCCAUCUCAUUAAAAUCAGUAUUUGUAACUUCAUUUA